UUGCUUUCUAGGCAGCCAUGACUCCUAGGAAGGAGAAGUUUUCCUACAUCACCGAUGAUUCUGCGAGGAAAGCUACCUUCAGGAUAAGAAAGGAGGGUCUGUUGAAGAAGGCGAGCGAAUUGAGUACCCUUUGUGGGAUAGAAGCUUGUGUGAUUAUCUACAGUCCUUAUGACACUCAACCUGUGGUUUGGCCAUCCCCUGAGGGAGCCCAAAGUGUGCUCUCGGAGUUUAAGAAGAUGCCUACAAUGGAUCAAAGCACAAGGAUGAUGAACCAAGAGAGUUUCCUUAGGCAAAGGAUUGCAAACGCCAACCAACAGCUCCAGAGACAGUCUAAGGACAAUCGUGAGAAAGAGAUCACACAAGUCAUGUUCCAAUGCCUGGCUGGACAAGGGUUGGAGAGCUUGAACAUGAUGGAUUUGAAUGACCUUGGGUGGCUGCUCGAGCAAAACCUGGAGGGUAUUGACAAGGGGAUUGAUACGCUUACCAAGGCGUCUCAUUCCCAAGGGUCUGUAGCAACAGCAUCAGCAACAAUGGCAACACCAGAAGCGAUGCUGAAGAGUGGAGAGAAGGUGCAAGCGGAGAGUCCAGAAUGUGAGGGGAGCACGGAAACAGAGGAUUGGCAACAGAUGAUCGAGGAGCUGAUGCAUCCAUCAGAGGACGUGGGACAGGGUUUGGUGCUCCCAUUUGGGGAUAACAACCCCACUGCUUUUUUCCCUUAGAAAAACAGCUAUGCGUAUAACAGUUUCAGUACUGUCUGUCUAAGUGUGCUAUGUGUAGGGAUGUUCUCAUUGCAUGUUUUUAUGUUCUAGUUUAAGUUAUUUACAUUUUCCUUUCUUGUUCACAAUCAGCCCUUGAAUCUAAUGUACCUAAAUAAAUUCCUUAUGAUUCAAAUAUUAUGAUUGUUAUCACAAAUCAUGAGUUCUAUUGCUAUAGACAACUUAUCA